UUUCCCGCCCGGCCCCCCAGCCCCGUGUAGCUGCUGGUGCCGGUCCUCGCGCUGGGCCCGCCCCCGCCCCUCCCGCCGGCCGGCCAGCGCGCCUCACGGCUCCUGUCUCCCCUCCCUCCUUCUCUCUCUCACGCCUAGCGCAAUGGCGGCCGGCGCGGCGGAGCAGCAACAGUUCUACCUACUCCUGGGAAACCUGCUCAGCCCCGACAAUGUGGUCCGGAAACAGGCAGAGGAAACCUAUGAGAAUAUCCCAGGCCAGUCGAAGAUCACAUUCCUUUUACAAGCCAUCAGAAAUACAACAGCUGCUGAGGAGGCUAGACAAAUGGCUGCCGUUCUCCUAAGACGUCUUUUGUCCUCUGCAUUUGAUGAAGUCUAUCCAACUCUUCCCACUGAUGUUCAGACUGCCAUCAAGAGUGAACUACUAAUGAUUAUUCAAAUGGAAACACAGUCUAGCAUGAGGAAAAAAAUUUGUGAUAUUGCUGCAGAGCUGGCCAGGAAUUUGAUAGAUGAGGAUGGCAACAACCAAUGGCCUGAAGGUCUGAAGUUCCUUUUUGAUUCAGUCAGCUCUCAAAAUGUGGGACUGCGGGAAGCUGCCCUUCAUAUUUUCUGGAACUUUCCUGGAAUUUUUGGAAAUCAACAGCAGCACUAUUUAGACGUCAUCAAACGGAUGUUAGUUCAGUGUAUGCAAGAUCAGGAACAUCCAUCGAUCAGGACAUUAUCUGCUAGAGCUACCGCUGCAUUUAUACUUGCAAACGAACAUAAUGUUGCCCUGUUCAAACAUUUUGCAGACUUGUUACCCGGAUUCUUACAGGCUGUAAAUGACUCAUGCUACCAGAAUGAUGAUUCGGUCCUAAAAUCCCUUGUUGAGAUUGCAGACACUGUUCCAAAGUAUUUACGUCCUCAUUUGGAAGCAACUUUACAGCUAAGUCUGAAGUUGUGUGGAGACACCAGCCUCAAUAAUAUGCAACGCCAGCUUGCCCUUGAAGUAAUUGUGACCCUCUCUGAGACUGCAGCUGCUAUGUUAAGAAAACAUACCAAUAUUGUUGCACAGACUAUUCCUCAGAUGUUAGCCAUGAUGGUGGACCUUGAAGAGGAUGAGGACUGGGCAAAUGCGGACGAACUAGAAGAUGAUGAUUUUGACAGCAAUGCGGUUGCUGGUGAGAGUGCUUUAGACCGAAUGGCUUGUGGACUUGGUGGAAAGCUCGUCCUGCCGAUGAUCAAGGAACAUAUUAUGCAGAUGCUUCAGAAUCCUGACUGGAAGUAUCGGCAUGCAGGAUUAAUGGCCUUAUCUGCCAUUGGGGAAGGAUGCCACCAGCAAAUGGAAGGAAUUCUAAAUGAGAUAGUAAAUUUUGUUUUGCUUUUUCUUCAAGAUCCUCAUCCCAGAGUGAGGUAUGCAGCCUGUAAUGCCGUGGGACAGAUGGCUACAGAUUUUGCACCUGGUUUCCAAAAGAAAUUCCAUGAGAAGGUGAUUGCAGCUCUGCUGCAGACCAUGGAAGACCAGGGCAAUCAGCGUGUACAGGCCCAUGCCGCUGCCGCUCUCAUUAACUUCACCGAAGACUGUCCCAAGUCACUACUUAUUCCAUAUUUAGAUAAUUUGGUGAAACAUCUGCAUUCCAUCAUGGUCCUUAAACUUCAAGAGUUGAUUCAGAAAGGCACCAAGUUAGUUUUGGAACAAGUUGUGACGUCUAUCGCAUCAGUUGCAGAUACUGCAGAAGAAAAAUUUGUCCCCUACUAUGACUUAUUUAUGCCAUCACUGAAGCACAUUGUUGAGAAUGCAGUUCAAAAGGAGCUCAGACUUCUCAGAGGAAAAACUAUUGAAUGCAUCAGCCUCAUUGGUCUGGCUGUUGGGAAGGAAAAAUUCAUGCAAGACGCAUCAGAUGUGAUGCAGCUAUUAUUGAAGACGCAGACAGACUUCAGUGAUAUGGAAGAUGAUGACCCUCAGAUCUCUUACAUGAUCUCAGCAUGGGCCAGAAUGUGCAAAAUCCUUGGGAAGGAAUUUCAGCAGUACCUUCCAGUGGUCAUGGGACCGCUACUGAAGACGGCUUCGAUUAAGCCUGAAGUGGCCCUUUUAGAUACCCAAGACAUGGAGAACAUGAGUGAUGAUGAUGGUUGGGAAUUUGUGAACCUUGGAGAUCAGCAAAGUUUUGGUAUUAAAACUGCAGGACUGGAAGAAAAGUCAACUGCUUGUCAGAUGCUGGUUUGCUAUGCUAAGGAAUUAAAAGAAGGCUUUGUGGAGUACACGGAACAGGUUGUGAAACUCAUGGUCCCUCUACUGAAAUUUUAUUUCCAUGAUGGUGUUCGAGUGGCAGCAGCAGAAUCCAUGCCUCUUCUCCUGGAAUGUGCAAGAGUUCGUGGUCCUGAGUAUCUCACACAGAUGUGGCAUUUUAUGUGUGAUGCUCUAAUCAAGGCCAUUGGCACAGAACCAGAUUCAGAUGUCCUCUCAGAAAUAAUGCACUCUUUUGCAAAGUGCAUUGAAGUCAUGGGAGAUGGAUGCCUUAAUAAUGAACACUUUGAAGAGUUGGGAGGUAUAUUGAAAGCUAAACUUGAAGAACAUUUUAAAAAUCAAGAAUUGCGACAAGUUAAAAGACAAGAUGAAGACUAUGAUGAACAGGUGGAAGAAUCACUACAAGAUGAGGAUGAUAAUGAUGUUUAUAUUCUGACCAAAGUGUCAGACAUUUUACACUCAAUAUUCAGUAGCUACAAGGAAAAAGUGUUACCAUGGUUUGAACAGCUGCUUCCGUUAAUUGUCAACCUAAUUUGUCUACAUAGACCGUGGCCAGAUAGACAGUGGGGCUUGUGCAUCUUUGAUGAUGUCAUAGAACACUGUAGUCCAGCCUCAUUUAAAUAUGCAGAAUAUUUCAUAAGGCCAAUGCUCCAAUACACAUGUGACAGCAGCCCAGAAGUCAGGCAAGCAGCUGCGUAUGGCCUGGGAGUCAUGGCACAGUACGGCGGAGACAACUAUCGUCCUUUUUGUACAGAAGCACUUCCACUGCUGGUAAGAGUUAUUCAGUCUGCUGAUUCUAAGACCAAAGAAAAUAUCAAUGCUACAGAGAACUGCAUCUCGGCAGUAGGGAAAAUUAUGAAGUUCAAGCCUGAUUGUGUGAACGUUGAAGAAGUUCUCCCACAUUGGCUGUCUUGGCUUCCACUACAUGAGGAUAAAGAAGAAGCUGUUCAGACUUUCAAUUAUCUUUGCGACCUGAUUGAAAGUAAUCACCCAAUCGUUCUUGGCCCUAACAAUACCAAUCUGCCCAAAAUAUUCAGUAUAAUUGCAGAAGGAGAAAUGCAUGAGGCAAUUAAACAUGAAGAUCCCUGUGCCAAACGUCUGGCUAAUGUCGUUCGCCAAGUACAGACUUCUGGAGGACUGUGGACUGAAUGCAUAGCACAGCUCAGUCCCGAGCAGCAGGCAGCCAUACAGGAGCUCCUGAACUCUGCCUGAAGGGCCUUAACAUCACCACCAGAAAACUAACUCCAAAUAAACGUUUACCCUUUUGUUUAGG